AUGCCCUGCCAUAGCUGCACCAUUGCUGGUGCUGACUGCGAAUUCCGCGCCAAUGACUGGAAACGGACUCCAAUCUCGCGCGAGCACGUUGCUGCGCUCGAGGGCAGGAUAGCAGCACUGGAAUCACUCCUGUCAAGCGUCAAAUCAUCCCGUGGGUAUGAGCGGGAGAUUAUCAUUGAGAAUAUCGACAUUGUCGACCGUCGACCUACAAUUACAGACAGUGCUCAGGCCUCGGUCCAUGCCGAUGACAUAUUCCUACAAAGCAUGAGAGGCUGUUGGGGUAAUGACGGACAUGGUUUGUCCUCCUAUAAUUUCAGGAGAUCUCGACUUAUUCACAGUGUAGGCUCUGCAUGUUUUUAUGGCCCUGGCAGUGCAUUUAGCACAGGUCUGUUCGGCUUUUGUGAGCCAGGGAGCAAAUUAUUGAAUCAUCAAGCUUUCCCGACCACCCAAACCCCAGACGUCCCCGUGAACGUGCUGCAUGACUGCGUCAAACUGUUCUUCGAGUGGCAAUUUCCGUAUUGCAAUAUGAUUGAUCGAGAGAGCUUCUUGAGGGAAUAUUCUAGCGGAAUUGCAGCAGGUGAACAUUUCGCUUCGGCCCUUUUGUAUGCCGUGUGCUCUCUCGGUGCCUUGAUGUCUGCAGACCAGAAUAUCAAAGCGCUGGCGUCGUUGUUCGCGACUUCUGCAGAAGAGGAGAUAUCUUCGAAAUUCUGGAGGUCUCACAUUACCAUUUCGCAAGCAAUGCUGCUCUGCGCCGUUUUUGAGAUCGGAAGGGGAGAAUUCGCUAAAGGAUGGAUGUAUUCGGGCAUGGCUUUUCGAAUGACAGAUCACCUCGGUAUCCACGAAUACAACCAGCUGCCUUCUCGCAAGGGCAUUCAGAGUACGUGGUCCGUUGGCUUCAAGUCGUGGCGACGUAUGUCUCUGACAUAUGCCAUAUCCGAUAAGAUGCUCAGUUUGUUCUUUGGAAGACCCUCGGCGAUGAACAGGGCCGGGAACGACUUUGACAUGAAGAUGUCUAACUGGUCCAAUUCCAAUGAUGCGGAGAUCUUGGAGCACAGACAGAUGGCUUCGAUGCUCAUUCCUAACACCGCAGGGCUUGCAAGGAUAAUUGAAGAUAUUCAAGCUGAAGUCUUCAAUUCUGACCACAUUUCACGGCAUGCAGCUGGAUGCGGAGUUGAUGCAUUAUACCACAAGUUCAAUGCUCGACUCUGGAACUGGCAUGACUCAUUGCCUGGAGAGAUGAGGUGGAACCGAUGGAGUUCCAAAGAAGAGGAUGCAGAUCCUAGCCUUGCCCUUCUCCACAUACUGUUUCACACCGCCCGUAUCAGUCUGAACAGACCACUCAUAAGCCAAAAGGGCAUGAAGAGUCCAUCCGCACAGAUCCCUAAGAUUGUAUCCGACGCGUUAGGUAUUUGCAAGGAUUCAGUCGACACAAUCGUCCAGAUCAUCCGUCGUUUCAGAACAUGGCAUACGCUCCGAACUGCGUCAUUCGCAUUUGUUCACGGCGCCAUUAUGGCGAUAGACGCUGCCAUUAUAAUUAUUUCCUGUUCUGAGACAGACAACGCCUUAUCGAUGAAAAUGAAUGCCGACCCUUUGUCGACAUUGGAUACAGCAUUGAAUGAUUUGUCUCACACAUGGGCUAUUGCUCAGGACGCAAGGAGCCGAUUGCACGAAAUUAUCAAUGCGUCGCAACUUGACCUUGGAAUGAUCAAUGAGACUCCCUUGGGCCAUGUCUCCGCGUCCACCGACUUCUGGUCCGAGUGCUUGGAUAUUCAUGCUGCAACCCCUGAACCGAUGUUCUUCCCUUGCGCUCAGAGAGCAUCGCAAACACACCACACCACUCAAAGGCGGCCCUCUUUAUAUUCCGAAUGCCUAAUGGCCACCAGCCUUGAAGACGCUUCGGGGCCUCUCGACUGUGGCAUGGAUUUCAAUUCUGCCCCUUGGAAUUCCUUAGCAACAAGCGAGAGCGGCAUGGCAUUUAAUCGCUCCUUGAAGCACCAAUAG